UAUUUCAGAAUACAAAGUUAAGUACGGUAUUAAGACAUUCAUGAGUAUAAUUUAACAUUACUGGGCCAAAGUUGAAUGAAUGCCUGCACCAUUUUUGUUGGAGAUUGCCAAAUUCCCCUCUAUGGGGUUGCAUGUACGUCUUUUUUCGUAGCUUUUCUCUUUACACUUUAACCUCCGCUUCCUUUGUCGUAUGUGACGUUGGACAUCUUUCAAUAUAUUUAAGGACGUUUGUCCUUUUGUUGAGAUGGGGUCUCCCUAUGUCGUCCAGGCUGGGCGCGAGGGCUCUUCAAUGGCGCGAUACCACUACCGAUCUGCGCCCGAGUUUUGCCUGCUGCGUCUCCCACCUGGGCCGGAUGUCACCCCUCCGUAGGCGUCGUUAGUCCCAGACCCCCAAGAGGUCACCACACAGACGCCCCACUUAGGUGCGACACUUCGCGGGGACUGUGCGCCAGCAGGGAGCUCCCGGGCUCGAGCGACGCCCUCCGCCUCAGCCUCCCGAGCAGCUGGGGCCACAGCCAGGAUAUCUGUCUUUACUGGGGUCCUCUUCUGAGAGAACAACCCGAGAGCCACCGUCACGGACCCCAAAGCCAGGGCAACGCGCACAGCUGCGACAACUUUCCGGGGAACUCGCGAGGUGCGGCCGCUGCCAGCCCGGCGUAUCAAGGCAGUGGGGGUGACGUCAAGGGGGGGCGGGGCCUUCCGUCACGUGGCGCCGGCAGCCGCGCGGCGCUCAGCCUGGACUGCGGCGCCGGUACUAGGCGAGGCCCCUGGGCCUGGGCGAGCCCGCAGCUGCCACCCCGCCUAGCAUCUGCACGACGCCCGGCUGCCCGGUCGCCCGGGCUACGUUUGCCCCCCGGCAGCUCCGCCCGCUGCGGCUCCUGUGGCUUGGACUGGGGCUGUGGCGGGAGGGGAGAUGCCACAGCCCAAGUCCCUGAAGGCCGCGAUCCUGGGCUGCCAGCGUCGCGAGAUUACUCUUCCCCUCCCUUGCCUGAGGGAUGUAACCUUGAAUGCCUUGUGGAGUUCCGUGUGUAAAGCCCACGGAAGUGUGGGCCCCCACCUCCAGAAACUGCUUUCCCGGAGUGUCUGGCUGCUCUGCUAGUGACACUCAGCCUGUGGCGCCAGCUUGUGCUUCUGCAGCUUCUGCUCCAGGCUUUCUUUCAGCCUCGGGUGUUAAAGCCAUGAACAAUUGCCUGUAGAAGGAAUAUCAACUGGAAAUUGAAAAUGGCCCUUCAGCUAUGCUAGGUCUAUAAUGGGAAGCGCCACAAUUCGGUAUUUCUGUUACGGGUGCCUUUUUACAUCUGCGACCUGGACAAUUUUGCUUUUUGUUUAUUUCAACUUCAGUGAAGUGACUCAGCCACUUAAGAAUGUGCCCAUCAAGGGGUCCGGGCCCCAUGGGCCAUUUCCAAAAAAAUUCUAUCCCCGUUUCACUCGGGGUCCAAGUCGAGUAUUAGAGCCACAGUUCAGAGCAAACAGAAUUGAUGAUAUGAAAGACAGUCACAUUGAAGAUUCAGAAAAAGACCGCUUGAAAUUCUCCUCUGAAUUAGGCAUGAUUUUUAAUGAACGUGAUCAGGAGUUGAGAGAUUUGGGCUAUCAGAAACAUGCCUUUAAUGUGCUGAUCAGUAACCGCUUGGGCUACCAUAGAGAUGUGCCAGACACGAGGAACGCUGCAUGUAAAGAACAGUCCUACCCGAGUGACCUGCCAGUUGCUAGUGUCAUUAUUUGUUUCUACAAUGAAGCCUUUUCUGCCUUGCUCCGGACAGUGCACAGUGUCAUAGACCGCACUCCUGAGCAUCUUCUUCAUGAAGUCAUCCUUGUGGACGACGAUAGUGACUUUGAUGAUUUGAAAGGAGAACUAGAUGAAUAUGUCCAAAAAUACUUCCCUGGAAAAAUUAAAGUAAUAAGAAAUCCAAAGCGUGAGGGACUGAUCCGAGGAAGAAUGAUUGGAGCAGCCCAUGCGACAGGAGAAGUGCUCGUGUUCCUGGACAGCCACUGUGAAGUGAACGCGAUGUGGCUGCAGCCCUUGUUGGCCGCCAUCUGGGAGGACCGGCGGACUGUGGUGUGCCCGGUGAUCGACAUUAUCAGCGCUGACACACUCGCCUACAGCUCUUCCCCUGUUGUCCGCGGAGGGUUCAACUGGGGGCUGCACUUCAAAUGGGACCUUGUCCCCCUUUCUGAGCUAGGAGGAGCAGAAGGAGCCACUGCUCCCAUAAAGUCACCUACGAUGGCUGGAGGAUUGUUUGCCAUGAACAGACAGUAUUUCCAUGACCUUGGGCAGUAUGACAGCGGCAUGGACAUCUGGGGAGGAGAGAAUUUGGAAAUAUCAUUUCGGAUCUGGAUGUGUGGGGGUAAGCUCUUCAUCAUCCCUUGCUCUAGAGUGGGACACAUUUUCCGAAAAAGGCGACCAUAUGGAUCACCCGAAGGCCAGGACACCAUGACACACAACUCCCUGAGGCUGGCCCACGUCUGGCUGGAUGAGUACAAGGAGCAAUAUUUUUCCUUAAGACCUGAUCUCAAGACCAAAAGCUAUGGAAAUAUCAGUGAGCGUGUUGAAUUGAGGAAGAAAUUGGGUUGUAAAUCAUUUAAAUGGUAUUUGGAUAAUAUUUACCCAGAGAUGCAGAUAUCUGGGCCCCAUGCCAAACCACAGCAACCCAUUUUUAUCAACAGAGGGCUCAAUCGCCCCAAAGUCCUUCAACGUGGAAGGCUUUGUCACCUCCAGACCAACAAGUGUCUGGUGGCCCAAGGGCGCCCAAGUCAGAAGGGAGGCCUGGUGGUGCUUAAGGCCUGUGACUACGGGGACCCAAAUCAGAUCUGGAUUUAUAAUGAAGAGCAUGAAUUGGUUUUAAACAAUCUCCUGUGUCUGGAUAUGUCAGAAACUCGCUCAUCAGACCCACCGCGACUCAUGAAAUGCCACGGGUCAGGAGGAUCCCAGCAGUGGACCUUUGGGAAAAAUAACCGGCUAUAUCAGGUGUCAGUUGGGCAAUGCCUGAGAGCUGUGGAUCCCCUGGGUCAGAGAAGCGCUGUUGCUAUGGCGAUCUGUGAUGGCUCUUCCUCCCAGCAGUGGCGGCUGGAAGGUUAAGGUGGGCACUGUGGCUGUGGAGCUGGUUCAUUAGGCUUUGUUUCCUCUGUAAGUUCUGGUGCUUUUCAAGGAAAGCUCUGGUUGAGUAGAGCCAUCUGGGAGAGGAUAACCAUUUCUCUGUCCUCCUGGUCCUGGGCAGCACAGGUGACACAGCAGAUCUGAGCGAGAUGGGAGCGCUGAGCGACCGAGGGAAGAGUGGGUUUCACCAAGACAUUAAGAUCUUUUCUGAGCUGCUAUUUACAUAAUUUGGUUAUAGAGGGAGACCAGAAUAUACUUCUAACUCUGAAGACCUGGGUUUGUUUAGGACAAAACCCAGACAUGGACAUUUCUAUUCAGAUUUAUUUAUGCCUCUUUGUAAAUUUCCUUUAAUGAUGGAAUGGGUUUGUCUGAUCAGGAACUUUUCAUGGUUUCCUUACUUAGAAGACUUCAUAGGACACAGUUAUUUUUUUUAAAAAAACUUCUAUUGUCAUUUGUUUAAUAUGUCCUAAAUAGAUAAUUUAAAAAACUGAUUGAACCCACAUUAUUUUUAGGUUCAGAGGGCAUCAUUUAUAAAAUAAUAUUUAAGAGGCAGUUAACUAUUAUAAAUUAUUUUGAUGAAUUAUGGUCAUAUGUACAUUGAAAAUAAAGGAUUCUUUUGAUUAA